AUGUAUGCCUGGAGAAAGCAUAAGGGAAAAAGCGAACCUGUCUGGGAAGAGUUACCAGUCCCGCCUACUCCACAUGAUGGAUUUCUAGUCAAACUACUGGCAUCUGGAGUAUGCCACAGUGACCAGCCUUUGCUUGAAAUAGAGGAUAGGCCAAAUUUCAAUGAGAAAUACAUUCUGGGUCAUGAAGGAUGUGGAGAGAUCAUCGAGAUUGGAGAAGGAGUCAAAGAUUCUCGAUUCAAACUGGGAGAUAAAGUGGCCUUAUUGGCAGUUCCUGGAUGCGGACUCGAAAGUUGCACGGAGUGCUCGCGUGAUUUAUCUCAGCUUUGCUCGGUAGGAAUGCACCACGGGAUUGGCCAAGAUGGUUUCUAUGCAGAGUACACAGUAGUCAAUGCUCGUGCUGCAAUUCCACUGCCAGAAGGUAUACCCCCUGCCGUAGCUGCCGUUGCUACAGAUGCCGUGACCACCGUUUAUCACGGCAUCACACGUCGUGCCGAGGUAAAGAAAAACGAAACUGUAUUCUUGUUUGGGCUCGGGGGUCUUGGUUUCAACGCGCUCCAGAUUGUACGACAUAUUGGAGCUCGUGUUAUCGUUUCGGAUGUGCGUCAAGAAAAACUGGACGCAGCAUUACAUCUGGGUGUUCCAGCAGGGGAUAUUGUGCCGAUCGGAAAAUCAGUCCAAUCUUUUGUCCAGGAGAAGGGAUUGCAGGGAACAAUCGAUACAGUGCUUGAUAUCGUCGGCAAGCACCAGACGUUUGAAGACGCACAGCAAAUUGUCCGCAUCGGAGGGAAGAUUUUAUGCGUGGGCACAUUGGAUCGUAAAAACGAGAUAGACAUGAAAAUUGGUAUUCGGAAAAGGUUGAGCAUUAUUUUCACAUAUGGUGGACAGCAGCGUGACCUAGUUGAGGUGCUUGAUCUAAUCAGUCAAAAAGUUAUACAACCACAAGUUGAACUGGGCAGAUUGUCUGAUUUUCCGAAGGUUUUGAAGGACCUAGGAUCUGGCAAAAUCAAGGACAGGAUGGCUCUAGUAUCCGACUUGGUUGAUGCUUAA